AUAAAAGUCAUAAUCUGACCAUCAUGGUGCACAUUUCGCCAAAUAUCAGAGAGAAGAACUUUUUCAUGGCAGCCAGUUUACAUGAGGAAGAUGUAAUGUUUGCAUGAUGCCCAAUUGCCCACAAGAUGGCACCAAAUUAAGCCUAACUGCUGAAGCCUUAUGUCUCCUAACAAUCUAAUGCUAAGUGGAUUUUUUUAAGUGUCUGAUUAAAAGCUUACUUUUUUAGGGAAGAAUUUGUAUAAUAAUAUAAUAAUUGUGUUUUUUUUACACUGUAACCAAAAAACAAUUGUAAAUGCAACGUGUGAAUAAAUAAAAAAAGUAAUACUGGGACUGGAACAAGAGGUAACAAAAUAUGAUAAAUAACACUGACUGAAUAUUUAGUCUUUAUGUGUUUCAGCGCCAUUUUGUUCUUCCAAUUAAAUUAAAUGAACAAACAAAAGUUUUUAAAAUGUACCUUUAGAAUGUAUUUACGUUCUAGUAGUAGUUUAUAUUUAUAUUAAUUUACAUUGUUGAUUAUAGAACAGAAAUCAUAUCUCAGGCAGCUGAAGGAAGUUCAUGAUUAAUGGCAGUGAUAUGCUGCCUUCAAAUGCUCCUUGUAAACUCCAGCUUUUGUGUUAUGCUCACAGAAUGCUGCAGAAGAGGAAUGAUCGAUCCACUGUUAAUAAAAUCAGAAAUGCAUUCUAACACUUCUUUUAUGAGCACAUACACGGCCUUCUAAAGAUCUAUAGACUUGUCCACCUUCAAUAUAUAUAGGCUAUUCAUAUUGCUUACCAUAAGUAAAGAUAGCCUACUCAUGGAUUUCCAGUGACUGUCUAUGUCAGUUUCAAAUCCAGAAGUUUACAAAACAAAUACUUGAAAAAUUAACUAUAUAAAGCUAAAGAUAUAGAAAGCAACAAAGUAAUUAUGACAAAUUGAAUUGAACGAAUUGAACUUCAGGUUGGGAAAAGUUAAUGCCAGCCAUAGUGGUGAUUAGGCCUUCAAGUAGCACAUGUGGGAUUUCUCACAUUGUGGCAAAAACUGACAAACUGUUAGGAAUAGCCUAUGAUAAUCAUGGUAGGAAAUAAACUGAUACCCCCUUCCAUGACUUUUUUGGGGGAAGUACAGCUGAAUGUCGUUAAAAGCCCCCAUAACGAACUUUAAGGAACUUUAAGCAGUUAACGAAGUCUAAGCAGCAUCUAAUCCUGCAAACAGCUCCUUCUUUUAAGGACGUAUUUUUUAGGGGGUUAACGCAUAAUUGGGAAAUUUCCGAUACCCCUUGAAGGCAGCAGAAGUCCAAAUUGCCACUCAUUCAGGAGUGGGACAGAAAACACUUCAUCAGUCUCCUCCAGCGGGUGGGCGUGUCCCUCUUGUCCACACCGUGUCGCUCCUCUGUCCGGUCACUCUGAUCCUGACAGAUAGAGACUCGGAGACGCUGCGUGCUGGAAAUAAUGUCCCAUUUAUCUUUUUGAGUUUUACUGGAAAAGGACUACAAGAUGCUGCUGUUGAUUUUACUGAUAUGUUUCAGCCCGAGCGUACUGGGGCAACUGGAGGAAUCCCAGUUUGGAGAUGAAACCGAUUCCGACCUCGCAGACUUUGAUUUAGACAUUGCGCCACGCAGGGUCCCACGGCAGGUGAAAACCAUACUAUCCAAGGAAACCAAACCUCACAUCCAGGAACUCUCCAUAAAGACCACCAUCAUCUCUCGCUAUGCCUUCACCGCGGUGUACUGCGCCAUGCUCAACCGGCACUCCGCCGCUACCGAGGGCGUCUUCCAGUUUCAGAUCCCAGCUGAUGCCUACGUCUCCAACUUCACCAUGAUCAUUGGAGGGCGUGUCUACCAGAGCGAGGUCAGGCUGAAGGAAAAGAGGGUCAAACAGGAGAACGGCAAAUCCAAGAACAAAAAGUCAGGUGAUGCAAGUCCUGAGCCGGAGGUGGAAGUGUUCAGGAUGGCGGCCAACAUCCCGGGUAGGAACCGGGCUGUCUUCCUGCUAACCUAUGAAGAGCUUCUGCAGCGGCGGCUGGGACGCUACGAACACGUGACCAGCCUGCGCCCGCUGCAGCUCGUCAGCCGCCUCAGCCUGGACGUCACCAUUGUCGACCACUCGCCCAUCAUGGACCUCCAAGUGCCGCCCCUCCGCAACGGCAGGAGCAGCAGCGGUGCUUCCAGCACUGCAGCUGGACCUAAUGCAACCAAGAUACCAGCCAACCCUGAGCCUCCCAUCACUACUGUGAUCAAAAACGAAAAGAACGUCUGCAAGAUCACCUUCAGCCCCAACAUCGUCCAACAGGCCAAGAUCACCACCAACGGCCUCCUGGGAGACUUUGUGAUUCGUUAUGAUGUGCAGAGAGACAUGGGGAUAGGAGACAUUCAGGUUUUAAAUGGCCAUUUUGUCCACUACUUUGCCCCCAAAGACCUGCCAGUUGUGCCCAAGAAUGUGGUGUUUGUCAUCGACACCAGUGCCUCCAUGCUGGGGACUAAGAUCAGACAGACUAAAGAUGCUCUGUUCACCAUACUGAGGGAUCUGCGACCUGCCGAUCGCUUUAAUUUCAUCAGCUUCUCCAAUAAGGUCAAAGUUUGGCAGCCGAAUCGUCUCGUACCAGUGACGCCCCUUAAUGUCAGAGACGCCAAGAAGUUUAUUUACACGCUGGCAACUACUGGAGGCACAAACAUCGACGGUGCAAUCCAGACUGGCUCCUCUCUGCUUCGUGAGUACCUCUCAAGCCCUGAUGCCAGCCUGAACAGCGUCUCCCUUAUUAUUUUCCUGACGGACGGACGGCCCACGAUCGGGGAGAUCCAGUCCCCUGCGAUCCUGGGGAACACACGCUCAGCCGUGCAGGAGAAGUUCUGCAUCUUCACAAUCGGUAUUGGGAACGACGUGGAUUACCGGCUGCUGGAGCGCAUGGCUCUGGAAAACUGUGGGAUGAUGAGACGUAUCCACGAAGACGCUGACGCCAGUGCCAUGCUCAAAGGGUUCUACGAUGAGAUAGGAACUCCUCUACUGUCUGACAUAAGGAUAAACUACACAGAGGACGCCGUCCAGUACGUCACUCAGCAUCUGUUCACAAACUACUUCAACGGCUCUGAGAUUGUCAUCGCCGGCAAGCUGACAAACCAAAGUGCAGAAUCACUCCACGUCCAGGUUACAGCCAGCAACAGCGACAAGAGCAUCAUCCUGGAGACCGACGUUCCACUGCUGCACCGACAGAUAGAGACUGAGAAACACGUGAAAGCAGCCACAGCAGCAUUGGCGACUGGGCUUAAGGCUCCAGCAUCAGGGGUCACACAAGCAUUAGGAGGUACUUUGGAUUCAAUGGCAGAAGAUUUUGUGGAACGUCUCUGGGGUUUCCUGAGCGUCAAGGAAGGGCUACGGUCGAGGCUGCGCAGCCAAACCAGCAAGGAGAGGGAAGACCACAUCCAGCAGGCCACCAAUCUGUCUCUGACCUACCACUUCCUCACUCCCCUCACCAACUUGGUGGUGGAGAAGCCUGAGGUCCUGGCUGACGGCACCAUGGCCCCGUUGCCCACCAUCACCCCAGCAGCUGGUGAGGCUGUCUUAAAUGCUAAUGAGCUGCCAGAUGACACAGAAGAUGGAAAGCCACAGAAACCCAGUGGGAAGCCAGGCAGCCAGACUUCAUCUCUGGGCAACAAGAUUGGUAAAGCUGAAAGGAGACCCGCCAAGAAAUCCAUCACCAUCUCCAAAACAUCAGCGGAUGGUGACCCCCACUUUGUGGUUGAGUUCCCGCUCAGUAAACUGACUGUGUGCUUCAACAUCAAUGGUGAGCCUGGACACGUCCUGCGCCUGGUUUCUGACCACAAGUACUCUGGUGUGACAGUGAACGGUAAGCUGAUUGGUGCCCCGGCUCCACCGGGCAGCCACAAACAGCAGCGCACCUAUUUCAGCGCCAUCACCAUCGUGGUGGAUCAUCCCAAACGUGCCUACAUCGAGGUAACACCAAAGAAAGUCAUCCUGGACGGGCAGGACAGACUGGUGCUACCCUGCCACUCCACAGUCACAGUGGACAGCGGUGCUCUGUCAGUGUCCAUUGUGGGAAGGUUUAAUGUGACUGUGACGGUCGGAGGAAACAUCAUCUUUGUGAUCCUGCUGCAUCACUACAAGAAUCCAGCCCCCUACCAGAGAGACCAUCUGGGGUUCUACAUUGGUCACAGCAAGGGGCUGUCACCCAACUGCCAUGGCCUGCUGGGUCAGUUCCUGUAUGAGGAAGUGGGACUGGCACAGCUUCCUGCAGAAGGAGACAUGAAACCCUCGUCCAUCCUGAAGGUGAAGGACCGCUCAGUGCCGGUGGUUCAGAAGAGCAGGAGGAUCUACAGCGGGACUCAGAGCGUGGACUGCUGGUUUGCCCGGAACAACGCAGCCAAGCUGAUAGAUGGACAGUAUGAGGACUAUUUGAUGUCACACAUGUUUGACACAGGGGACUGGCCACACGGGACUAACAGAGUGUGACACCAUGACCACAAACUGUAGCAUUUUUGCCAUUUAUUUGACUUAACUCUUUUUACUGUGUAUCACAUGCCAACAGAUCCCAAACAUUUCACCUGUCAGUUGUCUUUUCACCUCCAGUUUCUUUUGAAUAUAUUUUUUUACUUAAAUAAUAAUUAAUGUUUUUAUUAUGUGUAUUCUUUUUUUUUUUUACAGUAAUUUUGUAAUUCUAAAUUAAACAUUUAAACCCACAUUUAGAGGUUGUUUUCUGAGACAUAAAAACUCAUAUCCAUUGGCUUUUGCUCCCAUUUGCAAGUGCAUACAUGUGUUUUUCUUACACAUCAAAUUAUAUAUAUGUAUACAUACACACAAUUUUACACCUGAAAGUCCGCACCAAGGUCUGAACCAAAGUUAAUGUUUUGAUACAUUCGGUUAGUUUUGGUUUGGUUUCACACUGCAAUUCUGCGACCGCACUAAAGGACUUCACAUGACACACUUGC